GAUUUAUGUUCCGUGUGGAGAGAGUGCCGCGCAAAUUAAAUUCAAUAAAAAGUAGCCUGAAUUUGCUCAUUUAGUCGUGAUUAAUUACCAACAUGGGAGUUAACAGGGUCUACAACUUCAAGAUGACAUAAUGAUAAUGGAAACAACAGGAUGGAUGUCAUCAGUAACUGUAAGAUGAAUAAGGCUUACAAAGAAUAAUCUGAAGACAGAUCUGUCACGUCAUUGGAAAUAGGACGUUGGAAAAAAGUACCUUUUUUUCACAACCAUUUCAAACUUCCACCAUGCUUCACCACCAGAACCAGCUGCAGUUUAAUCUUGACAUGCCAAGCAUGGCAGGCAACCUAGCAGCCCGCUACCACAACCCCGGACCCCUCGUCAUCGAGAAACUAGGAGGCGGGGGAGCCAAGAAAAGUGGCACUGAAGAACGGAUUGAGCCUUCCGUAAAAUUUUCUUCCAUCUCUGAGGAUAGGCUGUCGAUGGCCAUUCGAUUAGCACAGCAUGACCUAAAGCACAUGCUCAGCAAGAAACAAGCUCCGAUUAUAAAUGAAUCCCCACAACAAACCAACCAGGGGAGAAAGACUAAAACCAAGCGAAGCCCGUCUGGAAAGAGUCGUCGACAGCUAAAGAAUACAAAUGUGAGAGUUCAAGAACGAUACAGAAAUCCAAAUGAAUAUCGGCGGACUGUCGAAACGCAGACCCCGACGAAAAAAACUAAGAAGAAACACGGAAGGGAUGGCUCGUCACACUCGGCGAAUACCUAUGGACUUGUUUUGAAAGCGAAGAUGGAUCAACACGAUGAUGAUAGAAGAGGAAGGCAAAUCAGAGAGGAGUCUUCUCCAGGGAAAGAUGUUGCACCGAGCCUUAACAGCCAACAAGCCACGGAAAUCAGGAGACUGCGUUUGGAGCUGAGAACCUAUAUUAAGAAAGUGGAGGAACUUUCUAUCAAAGCAUCACAGCAAAAGGCUGUCAACAAGAAGGAUGAAGAAGAUACAGAGGAUGAUCCAAGGAGAGCAGCCAGGGUCGCUGAGCAAGCCAGCCGUUCAGCAAGACUCCUCUACUCGCUUCAGCAACAGGUGAGAGAAAUUCAAGAGGAACUGGAUAAACUUGGACCCGGGAAAGUCCGUCACACAAAAAAGAGCCGAGCACUGAACCGUCUGGCAGCUGCCCACCGUGGAGCGGUCCGGGCCCUGCAAUCCUUCCUCCACCAUCUCCCUGCUGAGAUUGACACCAGUAGCGGUCUGCCUCCCCAUUACCAAGAGUUGGCCCUCCUCAUCCGUCAGCUCUCGCUGUGCUGUUCACAGCUUGACGUGGAAGAGACAGGCGUUCCUGAAGGGGUUCUCAAUAUUUUGGAACAGGCCCAGGAUUUCCAAGAUGCCUUGGCUAAGCAGAUCAGCACGUCACCAAGGCCGAAGUCUAAGCAAACACGCGAACCUUCUCCUGUACCAAGGAGACGACUAGCCUUUGAGGGUGACGCCGGGCCUCACAGUAAGCCCAGGCAAAGAGCUCAAGCUGUCAGGGUUCCAAAGGAAUCAGAUCCAAGUCAUCCCUACCCUUAUCAAGGCAGAGUCCGAGAGACACCUGUGAGGGAUCUACACAGUGACACACCCCGUGCCACACUCCAUACCACGCCCAGUCUAAAAACAGUAGAGAGGUUGAGACAAACCAUUGGAAUCGGUAGAGCAACACCUGGUAGCCCAGAGAGGAAUGCCGCACUGCGAGCAGGAUUAGAGGCCCUCCUUAGGGCAGGGCAACCCAGCCAAGGGUCCCGCCCCUCCCAACCCUCAUCAAGGGUGCUGCCCAACACCACUCAAGCUACCUCUAAACCUCGCAGGAAACUGCCUGCUAAGGGGCCACCACCCGCAACCAGAAGCCUCAUUCUGCCUGCCAAAUUAAAGGCUGACAGAGAGAGACUACAGCGAGUCAGAGCCACGUCACGUGACGCCCACUUCACCCAGGAGACAGUCGCCUCUAAACUUAAACAUCGAGAGCCAGUCAUCAUCAGCAGCGCCGUCGGCCAGGACCAAGGGUCCGACAAGCCCACGGAUGAGACUAGGGCUAAGCCUGUCUGGACCCCACCAGGGUCACCGAGGAGCUUCCACAAGGCAUCGCCGAGACCUCCUGCCACUGUUGUGUCUUCUGAUGAUGAAGGGUUGAUCAAAGACAGAGAGCGUUCCGCAAGGCGGAGGAAGGUCAUCUUCAACUUGGAAGAAGACGAUCCAGACAAGACGGAUGCAGGAAGAUCCAGGGGAUUUGGUUCUGAACUCAUGCAGAGGGAGACGGCCAGACAGGCGUGGCUGGAUAGAGAAGCUGCUGAACAGAGGAAGCAGUUGGACAUUGGACGUUCUUCCGAUGGCUACCCACCAGUGCCUCAUCAAUGGCUCCAAGAGGCUGAGAAAGCCAUCCAUGAACGCCUCCAACCCAUUAUUGAUAAGGCAGAGGCUGUGACCAAGGAGCAGCAGCUUCAGCAGUAUUCAACAAGGCAGUCAUUACAUCAUCAACUAUCACAACGGGCUAUGCAAGCUACAAGCGACAACGCAGACCUUCUUAGCGACCUCCUACUUGAAGACAUCUUAGCAGACACAGCCCUGGAGUUCCAUCGUAUCGAUAGCAAUGAGUGUCUGGAGCGGCAGGCUCGGCAACUCCAAGAUGCUCCGACUGUGGAAGGAAUACUACACUCUCUGGACAACAUGGAGCUUGUAGAAGAUGAAAUCAGGAGAAGAUGGAAGCGGGUAGAAUACAUCGACCAGGGGGAGCUUCAGGGAGACUCCAUCCAACAGAAGGAGGCCAGAUGGAUGCUGGGUACUCCACUAGAUGGGGACUUCCUUGAAAGCUUUCCAGAUGCUGUCCCUACCUCCCACACCUCCAUGCAGUUCACAAACUCUCACAUACCCACGGGUUCUCAUCAUUCCGCUGCCAGUGUCUCCUCAAACGAGCCUCAAGAAGUUGUCCGACGCCCAACACAAAGAGAAACCUUCUUGGACUAUACCUCAAGAAGCGAAGACGACUCCGAUAUGGAUGCUCAGCAUCCACCCCAGGGUGAUGACAGUAAAACAAAUUCUGAAAUAAAACACUUGGACCCUUCUAACCAUUCCAAGAUCCUACAGAGUCUGCUUGGUACCCGACCACAACCUGCAGCUGAACCACAGUACACUGGUCACCACUCCGUACCGACCAGACACGAGAGGGGCACCAGACCUGCUAUGCUGGACAGGCCACGGUUUCCUCUCUUCAUUCCGAGCGAUAUGAUGAAUCGCAUCAAGGACAGUAGAGGGCGCUUUGAGCAUCAUCUGAAAAGCACGUCGCACUGGUCGUAUGGUACCUUUGACCCAUGGAAGUUAGUCGAAGAAGUUGCCGAUGAAAUUGUGUCCGAGAUCAUAAAAGACGUUUCCGGUGAAGUCAGUGAGGUCAUGGGUCAUUGUGUGGAUGACCUCUACAAGGCUGAGUUCAAUAUGACCUGACUUGACCUUACCUGAUGUUACCCCAUGCAAUCAACAUAGGCCCUUUUCGAAUCCACGGCUUUGGCUUGGGAUUUGACUACAGGCUCUGUUCUCUCGUCUAAAGACCUGAGCACAUACGCAAAGCACAAGCAAAUGUCAAAACAACCACAAGGCCUAGCUAGCCUGAACCUGGAGCCCAAGCAAAGGUUUUCGAAAAGGGCCAUUGGUUGAAGAUGUUGCUUUACUGGGGAAAAUACUUGAUUGUUUAGACAGUCCAGUGCAGUGGCAAUAACGUUAGGAUGAUGUACUUAAACAAAAAAUUAUAUAUGGCAUGUGGUAUCCUCAUUUGUUGAAACCAAAUUUGAAAUAGGUGCUUGUUCGGUUUGCAUUUGAAAUAUAAAUUUAAAUAAUAUUGCUUUGCCUUUUAUAUGCACUUAUGUUAAAUACACUGGACACUUUUGGUAAUUGUCAAAAAAGACCAGUCUUCUCACUUGGUGUAUCUCAGCAUA